AUGGAAGCCCCUACGUUUACCGUUCAUACCUCGAACCUGUUCGACCCAACCUCAGCAAUUCAAAAAGAACAUCUCCGUCGUUGUCAACCCCGCCACCGGUGCCAUUGGGCAUAUGUCAUCCAGCGAGACACCAUUGCGGCUGAAAUAAAGCACGGCGACAUUGACUUGCGGCGCAAGGUCGCCAUGUCUGCGUUCCCUCAUCAACCCGACCAGAUGCGGGACGAAAGCAUCGUAGAGCGCACCGUCCGAGCCGUCAACCACAUGCGCCUUUCGUUGCUCUCGGGAUACACCACAUAUCGCGACCUGGGCACCGAAGGCCUCGCUUCCCACGACGCCAGCCUCCGGGACGCGGUCAAUCGCGGUCUCCCGCCCGGCCCGCGCCUCUUCGUCGCGACGAGCUGCCUGGCCACGACCGGCUCCUACGCGAUCCGCACAGAAAACUAUGCCAAUGGCAUGAUGCCGCCGCCCAUCUGCGACUCCUGCGACGACGUCGAUGGCCCACCGACGACGCCAUCCAAGCCAUGGCUGACCACGGAUGCAUCUACGUCCCGACUCUCGCCGUCCUCGAAUCCGACGCCGCAGCCUCCUUCCCCAAGCUCAAUCCGUCGCCAGAAAGGCGGCCCAUGCCGUCGCGUGCGCCUCGCGGCCGGCGGCGACACAGGCGCGUUCAACCACGGCCAAGGCGCGCGAGAGAUGGAGCUCCUGAUGGACGCUGGCAUCCCGGUGCACGACGUGCUGGAAGCGUGCAUGCUCGGCGGUUGGGCGUCCUGUGGCAAGGACGCGUGCGGUUAUCGGUUUGGCUGGCUCAAAAAGGGAAACCGCGCCGACAUCAUCGCCCUCCACACCGACCCGCGCGUCGACAAAAAGGCGCUCCGCAAGGUCAGCUUUGUCAUGAAGGAUGCGCACGUCUGGAAACAAAACGGCGUUCCCGUCAGCUUCAUUGACCGCGUCGUGGAGGAAGUCUGCUCACUCUGA